CACCGCUGUCGCGCGAGCGUGGCGGAGGGGGGGUGCCGGCACCGUGGAGGACGGUCUACGCCAAGUCGCCAAGCUAGGCACCCUGUCCGCGCACUGUGUCCUCGUGAGGGGAGUGUCGCCUCGAUUCCGCACGCGCACUCGCUCAACCUCGAUGAAAUUACUGACAAAUAGCUCACAGAUUGCAGUAUGCGCCAUCAGUUUGCUUGCUUUGAAAUUUCACUGAUUAUUGGAACUGACCCCGUCUGAUAUAUGCUUUUUCUAGGAAGAAACUUACGAGUUUCGAGUAUGUGGAGUCUAAUGGAAAAGAUGUUGGUCUCAACGUUCGAAAGAAUCCUUAAACAGUUCUAGCCAUUGUGGAUUAUAGGGAGAUGGUCUCACCGUGUGAAAGAAGGCUGAAACAGUUCUAACCAUUGUGGAUGAUAGGGAGAAACUUCAACCAAGUCAUUGAGAAGGCUGCUGCUAAUAAGGCAUUCACGUCUGACUUACUGAUGCGGGAGAAGUCUAAAUACCCCCCCAAACUAUCAGCGUUGGACUACAUAACCCCCCCUACUACUAAACCAGGUAACGUGGACCCUAAACUUUGCAAUCCCGUUUACUUCACCCCCUAUAGUGGUUUUGUCCGGUGGUUUUGACACGCUGGAACGAUGAGGUGGACUAGGCUGCUGAGAUGGCGCCUCUGACUUGCGGGACCGGUAUGUAAGUGAGGGAUAGGCCAUGGCGGCUCUGUUACUGCAGAGAAUGGCGGGAAGGGCACUGCAGUUUCCCUCCAAAACUGAUGGCUGGGACGCUGCAGCAUUAAUCCCUUUCACCAAACGUUAAGAGGAGCAGCUAGGGUGGGAGGACAGGGAAGGGGAGCAGUGACGGCCAUGGCAACUUUGAGUUCGCGCUCGUCUCGAGCAUCAGCAUCGAGGGCGCAAGGAGGUGAAGCGGCGGAGCAGGUGAGGUCGCCGGUGCCGUACCGAGUGGGGCCUUUGGCGUAUUCGCCUGCAGUGUUGUGCCAGUGCCGCCGGAAGACCCCGUGCUGGACCGCAUGGAGCAAUGAAAAUCCUGGCCGAAGAUACUACAGGUGUCCUGCGGGAAUGGCGCCAGGGGACUGCGGGUUCUUUCAGUGGGUUGAUCGUGAGGCGACACCAUAUGAGCGGACAUUGCUAUGUGAUCUGCGUGAUGCUGUUUGGAGCUUGAGAAGGGAAAAUGCAGAGGCCAACCGGGUCAUUGAGAUGAUGCAGAGUGAUAAUGCAGAGUUAAGGCACUUGAAGGCGAAACUGCAGAAGGAGAAAGAAGAGUUGAUGCAAAAGCUGGGACAAACUGAAGCUACAAUGGUUGAGAUGGUCGACAAGAUUAAGGAAGGGAAUAGAUGCUGGCUGUCUAGGUGCCUGGUUGUGUUCGUUGUAGUAGCCAUCUUGUUUGGAUUAAUGUUGGUAAAAGUGUGACAUUGUAGUAGCCAUCUAGGUGCAUGUUAAGUUUGUUCUUGGUACUGGAAUGAAAAAUGUUCAGCAAAAAUG